AUGGCCCUUUUCGACGAGGAGGAGGGAUAUGUUGAUCCAGCGAUCGACAAUGAUAAGUAUGAAGAGAAGUUCUUGCAAGCUAACACAUUGCUUCAGUCUUUAAAACGAGCUAGAGAGUCAUCAAUGGAGAGUCGUGGAGAAAGUAACAACGGAACGAACUCUGAAAACAGGGACGAACGAACUGCAAAAAUACAUAUCAAGCUGUUCUCUGGUGACUACAAGGAGUGGCCAGCAUUCAAGAACAUCUUUGAGAGUACAAUUCACAGCAAGCAGCAUUUGACGAACAUACAAAAAUUCCACUACUUAAAAACAUACAUUACGGGAGAAGCUGCGGAUUUGAUACGUCAUAUGCCAAUAACGGAUACAGCCUACGGAGCUGCAUGGACUUGUCUAAUUGAACGCUACAAUCGACCUCGUCACAUCGUCAAUACCUUACUGGAAACCUUUGUAAAUUUACCGUCAACAUCCAGAGCAGAUGUUACAGUUCUGCGCAAUGUGACAGAUGGCGCAGUAGGACAAACAACCAGGGACUGCUGGGUUAUACAUUUAAUCCUGGCCAAGAUUGACGCUGAAACUCGACGCAAAUGGAUUGAAGGAAGUCGUGAACUGGAAUCUCCAUCCGUAAACGAUCUACUAAAGUUCUUAGACCGACGCUGCGAGGAAUUUGAACUCAGCAAAAGUGAGGCUGACGUAAACUUCAAGUCGGGGCAACAACAAAGCAAAGCCAAGCGAUCCUCAUACGCUUUGGUAUCGACGGAGGAAGGUGCUUGCUUGAAAUGCAACUCUAAGGAUCACAAGAUCUAUGUUUGUCCAAAGUUCGAUGCUUUAUCUAUAGAUCAGAGACGCACGUUUGUUAAAGCAAAAUCCUUGUGCUUUAACUGCCUCAAGCCUGGGCAUGUGUCACGCAAGUGUGAAUCCAAAUUUACAUGCAAGAUUUGUCAUAAUCGUCAUCACUCCUUACUACACGCAGAAAUUUCUAAUUCGCAAGCCGCUGUGGCUCGGACACAGAAAAGGGAGGAGGAACCGCCCGUUCUCAGCUCUCACGAAGCUACAACUUCGACCAUCAGCCACAUCGCACGUGUGCAAAUCACUCCAGGAACCAAAUCCACGUACUCAGGAUCAACAACUGGUAAACAGCCACAAGGGUUACGCAAGAGUGCGUUGCCAACUGCCUUGGUGUUGGUUCGAAACGCCCAAGGAUCGCAUAUCAUCUGUCGGGUGCUACUGGAUAGUGGAUCGGAACUGUCUUAUAUCUCGGAGCGGUGCAUACAGGCACUUGGGCUAGCACGCUCGCCAUCACGUAUUUUGGUGUCUGGAAUUUCAUCGAUCAAGGCUGAGACAACUAAAGGCUGCAGUACACUGGAUAUGCAGUCAAGGAUCUCUGAGCAUAAAAUGAAGGUACGUGCCCACGUACUCAGCAAGAUUACUUCCAGGUUGGCAAGACACAAUAUCGAAGCCUCAGCACUUAAGGCAUUCGAUGGCUUUGAGCUUGCAGAUUCUGAUUAUCAAUCGUUGGCGCCAGUCGAUAUUUUAUUUGGCAGCGAUUACGUAUGGUCCGUGUUCACAGGACAAAAAUUAUUUGACAGUAAAGGAAACAUCAUCGCCAUUUCUACAGUGUUUGGAUGGGUCAUAACCUCUAUCAUGACCACCGGAUCUUCAUCGACAACAACAAUGCACACGGCCGUUGACAUUGACGCGUCACUGAGACGCUUUUGGGAGCUGGAAGAUAUCAACCAGGAGUUUCAACGGAAACCAGACGACGACGAAGUUGAACAACACUUUAUGAAUACACACACUCGGGAUCACAAGGGGCGUUACAUAGUCGAACUUCCGUUCAAGGAACAGUUUUCAGAUACACUACAAGGAGCACUUGCAAGAUUCAAGGGUGUGGAACGCCGCCUAAAGCAGGAUCCAAACCUGCACGCACAGUAUGUUCAGUUUAUGCGUGAGUACCUUAGUCUAGGUCAUAUGCGUGAAUUAUCGCCAGAAGACACUCAGAAAGGGCCUAGUUUUUACUUGCCACACCAUCCAGUAAUUACCCAAAAAUUGAGGGUAGUAUUCGACGGCUCUUUUAAGGAUACUAAUGGAAAGUCCUUAAACGAAGCGCUGCAUAUUGGUCCCAGUAUUUUGCGAAACUUAUUCCCGAUUUGUAUACGCUUCAGAAUGUAUAAGUUUGUGUUUUCUGCAGAUAUUGUCAAAAUGUAUAGACAAAUCUGGGUGGCGGCCAAUCACUGCAACUACCAGCGUAUUGUGUGGAGAGAAAAUAAAACACUACCUAUCAAGCACUAUGAGCUUUUAACUUACGGCACCUCUAGCGCACCAUUCUUGGCUGUGAGGGUCCUGGAUCAGUUGGCUAAUGACCAUAAGAACAAGUUUCCAGUUGCUGCCAAAAUCUUAAAGGAAGAGUUUUAUGUGGACGACGUACUGACGGGAGCAUACACUGAGGAGGAGCUAAUUUGCAAUCAAAGAGAAUUGAUCCAACUAAUGAAAUGUGCAGGCAUGGAACUUGGCAAGUGGGUCUCCAAUUCCCCGCGCAUAGCAACCAAAGGUCAAGGCAAGGAACCCAAUUCUGCAGCAAAGGUUCUUGGCAUUCAUUGGGAUCCGCACGAAGAUACAUUAUCAUUCAAGGUGUCCCUCUCAGCAAAUCCACGCAACACCAAACGACAAGUGCUGUCGGACGUGGCACGCAUCUUUGGCCCACUGGGUGUUCUGUCGCCAGUGGUGGUACAAUUUAAAAUGCUGUUUCAAGAGUUGUGGCUACUCGAUCUUGGUUGGGAUACAGAACUUCCUUCAAAAAUUGCUGACUGGUGGAACAAAUGCCGGAGCGAUCUAAAUAUAAUUCAAGAACUACGUAUACCAAGAUUUGUUGACAACGAGGUAGAUCACAUCGAACUGCACGGAUUUUCGGAUGCCUCCAUCAAAGCAUAUGCCGCUGUCGUCUACAGCCGAGUAGUGCGAGCAAAUGGCACUAUCUCCGUUUCACUCAUAGCUGGAAAAACCCGAGUUGCUCCGCUCAAGCAGCAAUCACUACCUCGCCUCGAACUGUGUGGAGCUCUGCUACUAAGUCGGUUGAUCAUAUCAAUAAAGGCUGCUUUACAACACAAGGACGUCGAAAUACACGCAUGGUGCGACUCAACCAUCGUUUUGGCUUGGCUCUCGCACUCACCCUCGAAGCUAAAAACAUUUGUUGCAAAUAGAACCUCGGAAAUUCUAGAUGUUUUGCCACGCAAUGCCUGGCACCAUGUAAAUACAAAGGAAAAUCCCGCCGAUUGCGCCACAAGAGGCAUGCUUGCUGCAGAAUUGCUCCAUUUUGACCUGUGGUGGAUGGGACCUUUAUGGCUACAAGAUCCAGAAAAACUCGCGGUAAAGUUGAGCUGCUCCAAAUUCUGUUCUUCUUUUUCAGAAAAACAUGGCCAGGAAGAAGUGAAGACCAUUGUAUUGACGACUCAGGAGGUGGAUUCGUUUUCAACAAUAGAAGAGUUGGCUCAACGCAUCUCGUCUUGGACAAAACUGGUUCGAAUUGUGGCUCACGUUUUACGCUUUAUUCAAAGGACCAAGGCUAGCAAAUCAGGCACGCUGUCAAGUGGAAAAGGGCUCACCUUUGAGGAGAUCCACGCUGCUAGCAUUCUUUGUCUUCAAGUGGCUCAGGCAAGUUUUAAGGAUGAUAAGGCUUUACUAUUGGAAAAUAAGCCACUUCGGAGCCGCUCCCAAUUGAUCAAGCUUUCUCCGAUUGUCUGCAAGAACGGCCUUUUUCGAGUCGGUGGACGACUAAGGCAAUCCCAGCUACCAACUGAUGUCAAACAUCCUAUAUUGCUUCCGAAAUCGCACCGCAUCACAAGAAUGAUAUUGGAACAUGAACACACUGUAAAUCUUCAUCCAGGAGUUUCUGCUUUGUUUGUCAUUACUCGUCAAAAAUAUUGGAUUUUUGGAGCGCGUAAUCUUAUAAGGAAUCUGGUGCACAAAUGUAUCAAAUGCUUUCGCCAACGUAAUGCCACAGCGCAGCAAUUCAUGGCCGAUCUCCCAGGCAUUCGAAUAACAGAGGAACUACCCUUCCAGCACUCAGGCUGUGAUUACGCUGGACCAUUCAUUUUGAAGGAAAGAAGAGGACGUAAUCCCCGAAAGACUAAGGGCUACAUAUGUCUGUUUGUCUGCCUUGUAACGUUAGCCAUUCACUUGGAGUUGGCCACCGACCUUAGCACAGACACCUUCUUAGCCUGUCUCCGACGAUUUAUGUCUCUUCGAGGAAAAUGCUCGCAGAUCUUCAGCGAUAAUGGCACAAAUUUUGUCGGUGCCAAACGGAUUCUGGACGACAUGCAAGAACUUUUAUUUUCACAGGAGCAUCAACACACUGUGACCCAGUCGCUGGCCAAUGAUGGAAUCAAGUGGAGCUUCAUACCGCCACAUUCUCCGCACUGGGGAGGAAAGUGGGAGUCUUCAGUACGCUCCGUGAAACUACACCUUCGACGCGUCGUGGGAAAAUCCAUUUUAACGUUUGAACAAAUGCAAACCCUGAUUGCUCAGAUUAGUGCGAUUGUGAACUCGCGACCGCUUUGCUAUACACCUGAUACUGAUCUCACAUACUUGUCUCCAGCUCACUUUCUCAUCGGACGCCCAUUCAGAACUGUUCCAGAAGGUGAUCUAUCUCAUUUGCCUAUCAAUCGCUUGGACUACUGGCAGCACCUGCAAUCAAUGUAUCAGGGAUUUUGGAAACGCUGGCACCAGGAGUAUCUUACAACUUUGCAACAACGUCACAAGUGGAACAAUAAGGAACCUAACAUCGCAAAGGAUAAUAUUGUUCUUGUGAAGGAUUCAAAUCUCCCACCAGCAGCUUGGAUACUGGCUCGUGUAGUGGAAGCACACCCAGGACCAGAUGGACUUGUACGCGCCGUAAGGCUUAAGACGUCUACCGGAGAGAUGACCCGACCCAUCACCAAGCUAGCAAUACUCCCUAAUUCAGAAACCAUGUUUCAGGGCGGCCCGGGAUGUUGA